AUGGCUCAGGAAACGAUUGCCGACUGUCUUUCGGACGACGAAUUGAAUUACGAAACCGACGGAUAUGUCGGCGAAAGUCAGACCAGAAGUGAGACUAGAGUUUGGGAUCAGUUGUCAGACUAUAACGAAGACAGCGGUGAAUAUGUGCAGCGAUUAUCACCAACGGAUGACCGCCGGUUUUGGGAACCGCACCCAGUGUUGGACCGACCCUUUCAUCCCAAGCUUACAGUAGACAAGUAUCUAUUGGAUCCGCCAAAACGUGUGGCCAAACGACAGCGCAGUCCGUCUCAAGACUCGGAUGACUGGUUCAUAAACGACGGUCCCGUAGAUGACGACUACGAGGCCAUCGCUAAGGCCAGAGGCCUAGGCUGGGAGUCCGACACCGAAGGGCUGACCACCGAUGACGAAGACACUGACGAAAUGGACACCGAUGUCGACGAUGAGACAGUUGUUGACCACAAAUCCGAGUCCGAUAGCACUAGAGAUAAUGAAUGUGAACCCCAAUACGUGUGUCUAUUUUGUGCCCAAUCACAGCGCCUGUACUGCGAGGCAAUGGAUCACAUGAUCAGCCAUUUUCCCGACAUUAGUAACCAAACUGUCGACUAUGGGGUCGAGCGUCGGGUCAGGUCGUGGUGUAAGGAGUUUCUGACCAAACAGUCGGCGCCGGAGUUUAUGAAUGUGAUAACCGACGAGUCUGUGUGGACACCGAUUACGGGUCACUUGUAUUGUCCCGUAUGUGAACGCGUGGCCGACAUGAAGGAUCUGAUGGCUAAACCCUUUGACACUAUCCGUGAGCUUCGGUCGCACUUAUAUAAGCACUCGUGUUGGGCGGCCAUAGAGUGCGGCCUUUGCCACGAAUCGGUGGACAAUACGGCCCGCGAUAUACUCCAGCACUUGAACGCACAGCACAAACACUCGCUACGGGACUCACCCGUAGAGGCCAUACGCCAGUUGCGGAGCGGAGAAGUGCUUAAGAGUUUUGUCGGCGAUUUGAUCGGUAAGACAUCGGCAGUAGAUCUGAACAACAAUUGCGGCAAAGAAUGUGAGCCCAGAAGACAACGGCAGGCAAAACAUGAAUUCAAACAAAUUGUGAUUACGGCCGACAGCGACACACGAGUCGAUGAUAAUGAAGACAUGAAUGGUAUGAACAGUAACGGAUCCGGUGGUGAUAUCAUUGAAGAAAUUCCAAGUGAUAGUUACGCAAACAUUACUAGUUAUCGCUUAACCACAACACCCGCACCCGUACUCUCCCAACCAUUGGGCGCCACCCAUAAGCUGUCCCUCCGAUGCGAUGUCUGUCACAGUCUGUGCGACAAUAGUGUUGAUAUGGAGGCACACUCUGUGGCCACUCAUCCCAACCUUACCAUCACUUAUCAUAUAAUUCACAACUAA